CCGGCGCGCCGCCCAGUCCCAAGAUGGCGGCGGGAUGCCGGUGGCUCCGCGGCUGUUGUUCCCUCCUCAGACAAAGCUUCCCUGUGUGGGCUAACAUUAGGAGAUGCUGCCUCUCAAACUUGAAUGGACGAUGGCACCAAAUUGUGGGAGUGGGUCUGGGAGUUACCUUGUGCGCAGUCCCAGUCAUAGAGAAGCAGAACUCAAAUUCUCUCAGUAAUGAUGCCUUGAUUAAAAGAGCAGUUUCCUUAGUAACUGAUAGUACAUCUACUCUCCUCUCUCAAACAACAUAUGCAUUGAUUGAAGCUUUGACAGAGUACACAAAGGCAGUUUAUACACUGGUUUCUCUCUACAAGCAAUAUGCAAAUCUUCUUGGGAAAAUGAAUUCAGAAGAGGUGGAUGCAGUUUGGCAGGUGGUAAUAGGAGCCAGAGUUGAGAUGACAACAAAACAGCAAGAAUAUCUAAGGCUGGAAUCUAGCUGGAUGACUGCAUUACGUCUUUCAGAGAUGGCAGCAGAAGCUGCAUAUCAAUCAGGUGCAGACCAAGCCUCAGUGACAGCCCGCAGCCACAUUCAACUAGUGAAAUCACAGGUGCAAGAAGUGCGGCAGCUGUCCCAGAAAGCAGAGACCAAGUUAGCUGAAGCUCAAACAGAAGAGCUCAUAAAAGCUCAAGGAGAGGAAUCUUCAUUGCCACAGGGUAUUUUAGGAAGUACAGAGGCGGGUGAAGACCCUUAUCUUCGGGAAGACUGAGAAGAAUUUUAGGGUCACGUGAGAGUAGUUGAAUGGUCCCAGACUUCAAUGUUGGAUAGUGCUGAAAUAAGCCUGUGGUUCCUCUUUUUUCUUUCCCCUCUCCAAACAGGCUUGCUCUACAAAUCAAGACAAUUCCAAGUAUUUGAAAGACCCUAUUCUUGUUUGUAACCUAUCAUGUUUAUAAUACUUAUCAAUUCAGUUAAGUGUUUAACUAUGCAAAUGUGAAAAUGGCUAUCAAGGAUAGCUUGAUAAUAAGUGUCUCUCUGCUGGGAGAAUCCUACAAAUGGUUUGAUAUGUUUGUGAGAACUCUCUAACUUGGAGACUAAUGAGAUAUCAGCCAAAGAAGUGUAUUUAAAAGUCAUUAUUUUUAACUUGUGAAGUAAAUGAUGUCUGUUAGUAGAUACCGUUAAUAAACUGGGCAAAUGCA